AUGUACCGAAUAGAACUUAAUACAGGAAACUUCUGCUUGCUCCUCGGCUCAGUCCUCCACCCUCCUUCUCUCACUACACCCUCUCGGCUCCGGUCACUCCGCCCACUCGGCUGCUCUCACUACACCCUCUUCCUCGCUCAGCUCACUCCACGGCUCCACCACCAUUCUCUCCUUUCCACUCGGCUGCUCUCACUCCUUCCUCUUCACUACACCCUCUUCCCCUCAGCUCCGCUCUCCUCGGCUCAGUCCUCCCGCCCACUAUACUACUCUCCACCACACCUCUUCCUUGCUUCCUUCCAGUCACUCCACCCUCCUUCUCUCUCCACCACACCCUCUUCCCUUGCUCCUCUCCUCGGCCUCCUCCACUCUCCACUCCCUCAACUCACCAGCUCCAGUCCUCCACUUCUCUCCUUUCCACUUCCCUUUACUGAAUUUCUCCACUCCACUACUCUCCACUACCCACUUCCUUCCUUCCUCACUCCACUCCACCUUCCUCCCACCCCUUCCACUCCAUUUCCAUCCAGUCCACUCCACCACUACUCUCUCCACCCUUCCUUCCACUCCAUUUCACUCUCCUCCAGUCCACUCCAUGUCCACUCCACUUCUCUGCCUCUUCCUCCUCUUCCUCCUUCCCUCCGCUCCACUCCACUCCACCUUCUUCCUCCACCCCUCCUUCCUCCACUCAUUUUCCAGUGGGCUCCGGUCCACUCCACGGCCACUCACCUCUUCCUCCUUCCUUUCCAGUCCACUCCACACUCCUCCACUCACCUCUUCCUCCACCAGUCCUUCACUCACGCCUCUUCCACUCACUCCACUCCAUUCCUUCACUCUCUUCCGGCUCUCACUCCAUUUCAGGUCCUCCACCCAUUGCUCUCACACCUCUUCCUUGCUCGGUCCACUCCACCCUCACUCCCUCUCACACUCCUCUUCCUUGGCUCCACUCACUCCACCCACUCAGCUGCCUCUCCCUCUUCCCUUGCUCCACUCACUCGGCUCAGUCCACUCCACCCCUCGGCUGCUCUCACUGCACCCUCUUCCUUGCUCUCCUCACUCCACGCCCUCUGCUCUCACUGCACCCCUCUUCCCUUGCUCCACUCACUGCUCCAGUCCUCCACCCACUAUGCUGCACUCACUGCACCCUCUUCCCUCCACCACCCCACUCCUCUCAGUUGCAACACCACACCACACCUUUGUGCGAGUGGCAAUUGA